UCUUCUCUCCACACUUAUCACACCUCUCUCGCCGGUAAACCUCCAUGGACGUUCGCCGGCGAUCUCCGAAGCCGCCGGCAUCCGAUGUAUCCUUCAAUGGAUUCCACAGUAAUCGUUCCCCGUCCACGGUAGACCACCACCGUUCUCCGGAUCCGUCGCCGAAGGCCUCUGAUGCGCUUCCUCUCCCUCUCUACCUCACCAACGCCGUCUUCUUCACGCUCUUCUUCUCCGUCGCGUACUAUCUACUCCACCGAUGGCGCGAAAAGAUCCGAUCCAACACGCCUCUCCACGUCGUCACGCUCUCCGAGCUCGGCGCCAUUGUCGCACUUAUCGCAUCCUUCAUCUAUCUCCUAGGGUUCUUCGGUAUCGAUUUCGUUCAGUCGUUCAUCUCACGUGCCUCCGGUGAGACAUGGGAUAUCUCCGACGGGGGAGAUGCCGAAAGGAGCUUCCUUAUUGGCGACGACGAUCACCGCCUCGUCACAUGCUCUCCUCCGCCUCCCUCUGCUGUUUCCAUCUCCAAAUUACCCACUCCGGAACCUGUGAUCAGCGCACUGAUGGGCGAGGAAGACGAACGAAUCGUAAGAUCUGUCCUUGACGGUGGGAUUCCGUCGUACUCUCUCGAAUCUCGUCUCGGUGAUUGCAAAAGAGCGGCGGCAAUCCGGAGAGAGGCGCUCCAGAGGGCGACAGGGAGAUCUCUGAAGGGAUUACCUUUGGAGGGGUUCGACUACGAGUCAGUGUUAGGGCAAUGCUGCGAAAUGCCGGUGGGGUACGUGCAGAUUCCAGUGGGGAUUGCCGGACCUCUCUUGCUCGAUGGGUUUGAGUACUCGAUUCCAAUGGCGACAACCGAAGGAUGUUUGGUGGCGAGCACCAACAGAGGCUGCAAGGCCAUCGCCAUCUCCGGCGGAGCCACCAGUACGGUCCUGAGGGACGGCAUGAGCCGAGCCCCCGUCGUCCGAUUCGAGUCUGCCAAACGGGCAUCCGAGCUGAAGUUUUUCUUGGAAAAUCCAGACAAUUUCGACACUAUUUCCGUGGUUUUUAACAGAUCAAGUAGAUUUGCUAGGCUACAAAGUGUUAAAUGUUCACUUGCUGGGAAGAAUGUAUAUAUGAGGUUUAGCUGUAGCACGGGUGAUGCCAUGGGGAUGAACAUGGUUUCCAAAGGGGUGCAGAAUGUCCUCGAAUACUUGUUGGAUGAGUUUCCCGACAUGGAUGUCAUUGGAAUCUCCGGUAAUUUUUGUUCCGACAAGAAACCUGCAGCCGUAAACUGGAUCGAGGGUCGUGGUAAAUCAGUGGUUUGCGAGGCAGUAAUCAGGGGAGAGACAGUUCACAAGGUUUUGAAAACGAGUGUAGCUUCACUGGUCGAGCUCAACAUGCUCAAGAACCUCGCUGGCUCCGCUGUGGCCGGUGCCCUCGGGGGAUUUAACGCCCAUGCGAGUAACAUAGUCUCUGCUAUAUUUAUAGCCACUGGCCAGGAUCCAGCCCAAAACGUAGAGAGUUCUCAUUGCAUUACCAUGAUGGAAGCUGUCAAUGAUGGCAAGGAUCUCCAUAUAUCUGUCACUAUGCCUUCCAUCGAGGUGGGAACAGUUGGAGGAGGAACGCAGCUGGCGUCGCAGGCAGCGUGUCUGAAUGUGCUGGGGGUAAAAGGGGCGAGCAAGGAGUCGCCCGGGAUGAACUCGAGGCGGCUAGCGUCUGUCGUGGCGGGAGCGGUUCUGGCGGGUGAACUCUCACUGAUGUCAGCCAUUGCAGCCGGACAACUUGUGAAGAGUCACAUGAAAUACAACAGAUCCAGCCGAGACAUGUCUGCCGCCUCUACAUAACAACAAGGACAAGAACAACAUUGUCUUUGGGAUUCCUACUAGGAGCUUGUCUGUCUAUUUCAUUAUAUAUAUAUAUAUAUAUAUAUAUAUAUAUAUAUAUAUAUAUAUAUAUGUGUGUGUGUAUAUAUUGGUGUGAAAAUUUUAUGAUUUCCUUUCACUGUCUUUGUAUUUUGUUUGUUUGUUUUGUUAGGUCUUUUAUGUUUGUAAUGAAUUGAAACCUUUGAAUGUUCAUUCUUUGCGCUCA